AAAAAAAUUGUGUUGAUUUUGUAGUAGGGGAACUCGACAGUAGUUGAAUGAAAGAGAGAAAAAGAAAGGAGGGUGAUAUAAAUAGGAAGUAUUUUAGUGAUAUUAUAAAAUAUGUUAUAUCCAACAAAUAUUAAUUAUUACGAGUCCAGAGAGAGUUUUUAAGUAUAUCUAUGCAUAAAAAAAUCAAAAUUUUCAAAAGAAAAAGUAGUAUAAGUACCCGUUUAUUAAAUGUAAGUUAAUGAGAAGAAAUCAAUAGGGAUGGGAGAUGAAAUGUGAGAGUUAAUAAAAUAAAAAUCAAACAUACUCUUGUGUAGUCCUCAUCAUCUUCUUCUUCCUCUUUGAGUUCGAACCAGAAGGGAGAGCGCGAUUUCAGCCUAGAAGAGGGCGGCGAGAUUUCAGCCCAGGCGGAUGACUUCGAAUCAGACGGGACUGUGCGACUCACUGCACCAAGAUCGUCUUUUCUAAACUUCAUAUCUCUAUACAAAAUUCUAGAUCUCUAACUUGUUGAGAUGCUACGAAGACGAUCGCCACUCACUUGAGCAAAGCCAAUAACAAACGCUAAACCAUUUUGUUUCGCUGCUCUGAUUGCUUCAACAGGAAUCCUUAACCAUCUUGUUCGAUUGGUGGUUGAUGUUGAGCUCUAAAGUCGAAGACGACGAAGAGGAAAACAAUUUUCAGAUUCCGAUAGUCUCGAAAGGUUUGCUUUUUGGCAACACUAUGGCGGAGAUGGGCGUAGAAGUUGGCGGUUUCUAAGAAGAUCGAGAAGUAAAUUUUUAAUUGCCGCACAGAACAACGUACAAUCUAAGUUUAAAAUCAAAUUUUUGUCAAGACUCUCAAGGGAAGACAUAGUAAUGUUCAUUCGAGCUGGGUUUUGCAGAGAAAAGGGUUCCUAAAGAACUAGAAUCGAAGGCGUCCAUGGAAGAAAUUCCUAAGUGUACGGGAAUUCGCCUUCUCAAAAUCAGUUAGUUAACUGGGAAUUUGCUAUUUCUCAGCAUUCGACUUUACCAACUCCUUUACACCUUAACUCUCUACAAUCACCACCGUUAAUUUUGGUAGUCUGACAGCUGUGGAUCAAUGGAGAAUACCGAUGUCUUCUUGGGCCUCCAGGAUUUUCUGGAACGCAUGCGCAAUCCCUCCGCUGCCGAAUUUGUCAAGUCUAUCAAAAGUUUUAUAGUCUCGUUUUCGAACAAUCCACCUGAUCCAGAGAGAGAUAGUAGUGCCGUACAGGAGUUUCUGGCUAAGAUGGAAAAUGAUUUCAGGGCUCACCCACUUUGGGCUGGUUGCUCUGAGGAGGAGCUUGAGAGUGCUGGUGAAGGACUAGAGAAGUAUGUCAUGACAAAGUUAUUUCCUCGUGUAUUUGCUUCACUGCCAGAUGAUGUAGAACACGAUAAUCAAUUAUCUGAGAAGAUGGCUCUAAUUCAGCAAUUCAUUCGACCAGAAAAUUUGGAUAUCAAGCCAAAUUUUCAAAAUGAGACAUCGUGGCUGCUUGCACAGAAAGAACUACAGAAGAUCAAUAUGUAUAAGGCACCAAGAGACAAGCUUGUGUGUAUCCUUAAUUGCUGCAAGGUUAUUAGUAACUUGUUGCUUAAUGCUUCCAUUGCUUCGAAUGAGAAUACCCCUGGAGCUGAUGAGUUCCUUCCAGUUCUAAUUUAUGUCACUAUAAAGGCCAAUCCUCCGCAGCUGCACUCGAACUUGUUGUACAUACAGAGGUAUAGGCAUCAGUCGCGAUUAGUGGGUGAAGCAUCCUAUUAUUUCACAAACAUGCUAUCUGUUGAAUCUUUCAUCUCAAACAUUGAUGCAAAAGCCCUUUCAAUGGAAGAAACGGAGUUUGAAAAGAACAUGGAAACUGCCCGAGCGCUUCAUUCGGGACUUUCAGCUGAUUUAAACAACCAGUCCAAUCAAAAUGAUCAACAUGUAGGACAUAUAUCUCCAUCAGAGUUCAAGGAAUCAAAACAGCAGUCCCUAAAUGUUAGCAAGGAUUCUAUACUAGGACCCAGAGCAUCUGAAAUGAGAGCCAGAGCUGAAAACCCUUACGGGAAAGAUCAGUCGACGGUUACAAAGAUCCCAUCCCUCUCAGAUUUGGAGAAUAAAGGUGCAGGACUGCUUUUAAAGGAAGACCAGGUGAGGCAAGUAUUCCAGAAUUAUCCAUACUUGUUUGCCAAUGCUGGGGACCUGACUGUCAGUGAUGUGGAGGAUCUGCUUAAUAACUACAAACAGCUUGUUUUUAAAUAUGUUACCCUUUCAAAAGGGUUGGGCAAUACCAUUCCAUCUGUACCAUCAUUUAGUUCACUAACUCAGGUGCAUCAGGAAGCUGAAGCCAUAAGCAAACAGGGGGAUAAAACAAAGGUAGAUCCUAAUAAUGAGUCAAAAAUAGAUACUGAUACUAAUACAGAUACUGAUUCAAACGGAGCUUCAAUUUUCGAAGUGGAAAGUUUAGAAUCCAAAUUGUUACAAGGUGAGGCAACAGCAGAUACAGGGAGGUAAAUUGUGGAAACCACUCAAUCACAGUAUACUAUUAUAAGCAUAUAUUUAUAUAUUUGUUCAGUAUACAUGGGAAAGGAUCCAUCAGGAGUAUCAGAAUAUGAUUAUUUCUUUCACCGCGUAUGUUAGUUACCUCGGCAUAUUUGAAAUGUUGAUAGAAUUGAGGUGCAAGAGUAGUCUCACAGGUAUGGAAGCGUUUUUCUCUUUCAUCUCUGAUCACAUAUUGUCACAAGUGGUUGAUGAGAAUAUAACGUACGUACUUUGUCCAUUUCCAUUGUUGUACUUUGCUUUCCUUAAUCCUUCUACCAAAAGGGGUGGGAUUGGAUUGUUUUGAUCUUAAACCCAUUCUUCCUCUUUUGUUGAUCUGCUAAGACUACUUGUGUUACUUGUACUUGCUUUUUUUGUAGUAUUAAAAGACUAGGCUAGACUACACUAUUUACCAGCACUUCCUUUGUUCUUUCAUGGUAAAUUAAAAAAUACCUCUUUUAUUUGUCAA